GUCAUUCCACCCAACAUCAAAAAUUACUUUAAUCUCCUUCAAGAGUUUCGUAAAAAUAUCCGACUUGCAAAACGAAAAUGCGAAUUUUCAGCAGAACGUUAUGGAAGAUUUCCACCUUCCAAAGUGAUGUUUCCAUUAAAAAAUCAUAUUUAUUGCCACGGGCAAACUUUAGCUCCGACAUAACACCGAUUAAAAUGGCUGUCAACGUUUUCGAAUCCAAGACAACCGAUCCGAAUGCAUCGCCUUUGUUGAUUAUGCACGGUCUUUUCGGUUCAAAACAAAACUGGCGAGGAAUAAGUAAAGCACUUGAAAGUAAAACAAAUCGAAAGAUUUAUAAUGUAGAUGCUAGAAACCACGGUGAUAGUCCACAUGUUCCUGAGCACAAUUCUGCCUGCAUGGCUGCUGACAUAGCUCUGCUGAUGCAGGAGCAAAAUCUCAAAAAACUAUCCGUGAUGGGCCACAGUAUGGGUGGCAGAACAAUGAUGUAUUUUGCAUUGAAAUAUCCUGAGCUGGUGGAAAAAGCGAUUAUUGUUGAUAUAUCACCGAUAUCAAUUCCAAACAAUUUUAAUGUCAUGGAAGAUAUAUUCCUUGCAAUGAAGACCAUGAAGGUCUCCCCAGAGCUUCCCAUGGCAGAGGGACGGGUUAUUGUUGAAAAUCAUAUGAAAGAGGUGGUCCGGGACAAGGAAACUGUUGACUUCAUCAUGCUAAAUCUUAAGAAAUUAAAAUCUGGAGAGUUCGUUUGGGGUCCAAAUGUAGAUGCAUUACAUGCAAACUUUCCUCAAUUUAGAGCUCAACGCUUAGACAUGCCACCUUUUAAUGGACCAGUUUUAUUCAUCGCUGGAAAACAAUCUAAUUUCUUAGAUCCAGAUGAUUGGCCAAAAAUUAAGGAACUUUUUCCCAAUGCUGAGUUAGAAUGGGUAGAUGAUGCUGGACAUCUAGUUCAUUUCGAUCAACCAGCUAAAUUUUUGGAUUUAGUUUCGAAUUUCUUAAAAAGUUAAACGUAAUGUGCAAUAAUCUAAGAAAGUUCAAAUUGUAUGUCAUGUACAUAAUAUUUAGAAAAUAAAUAGCAAAUUUAAA